ACAGAGAGAAAGCUUAGAGAGAGGGAAUAUCACUAACAUAUAGAGGAGGAAGGCAACAAAAGUGGAUCAAACUGGAAAAAGCCACUAUGAGUACAAAUAGAUUAGAUCUCAGUGAUAUGUCUAGCAAUGGGUAGAGUGACAGAAAUACAAAUCAACCGUUCUACAUCAGAUCAUUCGAGGAUGCUUCAAGGUGCAGAUUCAGUUUCUCGGGAGAUAAUGCUGUGAAGGCCCUGAGCAGCAGCAAGACGGCACACAGCAGAACCAAAGCCAGCAAGCUACAGCAGAGGGUGGAGGCGGUGAACAGAUUCACACGAGUGCAGAAAAAAAGACACCAUGAGGACAUCAAGGAAAGGAAGCGUGGAGAUGCCUGCUUUUGUAAGGCAGCUAGUGAAGGAGACAGAGAAAAGGGUCACCUCCUUUUUCAAAGGGGGGCGAGGGGGAGGCACAGGGGAGCUGUCUGAAGGCGAAGAGGGAGGAGAAGAAGAAGGGGUUAUGCCUAGCCCCUACUUGGACCGACCGGUUCUGGACAAGCACAUGCAAGAGGGUUGUGCCUCCUGGGGACUUACCUAUGCCCUGGCCAGCAUGCAGGGUUGGAGGGCCCACAUGGAAGAUUUCCACAACUGCUUCCCUCAGCUAGGAGGGGAACUGGCCCGCUGGGGGUUCUUCGCUGUGUAUGAUGGGCACGCAGGGAGCGUGGUGGCCCAACACUGCUCCCAAAACCUACUGGACCACAUUCUGGGCACAGGCAAAAUCCGAGCAGGUGAGGAUGUAGAACGGGUCACUGAGGGCAUCAAGGAGGGCUUCUUUCUCAUGGACAAACACCUUCAUGCCAUGGCCUGCCGUGAGGGUUGGGAACGCGGAGGGACAACUGUGGUUGCCACCGCUAUCACUCCACACCACAUCUAUUUUGUGAACUGCGGGGACUCUCGGGCGGUCCUGUGCCGUGCGGGACAGGUGGCUUUCUCGACAGAAGACCACAAGCCCUUCAGCCCCGGAGAGAGGGAGAGGAUAGAGAACGCUGGAGGAUCGGUGACUGUGCAGCGGGUGAAUGGCUCGCUGGCAGUCUCCCGGGCGUUGGGAGACUUCAGUUACAAGACAGCCGAGUGGCUGCCGGUCACAGAACAGAUGGUAUCACCAGAGCCGGAAGUGUCUGCUGUGGAGCGCUCGCCAGCAGAUGAGUUUCUGGUUCUGGCCUGCGAUGGUGUGUGGGACACUGUCACUAAUGAAGAGCUCUGUGCCUUCAUACACAGCCGACUUCGUGUCUGCACAGACCUGAGAGAGGUCUGCUCCCAGGUCAUUGACCUUUGCCUCUAUAAGGGGAGCCUUGAUAACAUCAGCAUCAUUCUAGUCUGUUUCCCUGGCGCCCCCCAGCUGUCACCUGAAGCACUGCACCAGGAGGCUGAGCUGGAGGACUUUCUGGAGUCCAAAGUUGCUGAGAUUUUCGAGGAGCUGAGCGCAAGAGGUGAUGAUCCUGAUCUUCUGUCAGUUCUGACCGUACUGGCUUCAACAGUGAUUCCUGGACUUCCACCAGGGGGCGGCCUUCAGAGCAAGCGGAACUGUAUAAUUUCAGCAUACUAUCAGCAGAAGGAGGUACAGGGAUCUAGAUUAGUCCAGAAACGCAGUCCUACAGAUGCCAACUAGAGACCAUCUUACACAACGCUUAAUGGAUGUGCUUGUUUGGGGAUCAGAUUUCUGAUCAGUUUUAUGUCUUUUAAAGAUCUUUUUGGACAGCAAAAAAAAAAUUAAAAAUACUUUUUGUGUUUCAUAAAUGAAGAAACUUACAAAAAGCAAUGUUGUGCCAGAAUGCAGGACAAUAAUGACUGUAUAUAACUCUUACUCUUUAGAUAGUGAUACGUUCAGUAUUUUCCUUACCAAAUGUAUACAAUGAGACUUACAUUCGACAAUACUCAGGUAAUGUGUUCAAGCAGUGACAACACACUUUUGAGAUUCUCUUCAGUCUUGGCAUAUAACAGGUUAAUUUUUAAAUUGAUACAAUAAAAAAGGCAGAACUUGACAGAACUCCUGGAUUCUGAUGAAUAAUAAAUUAGCCACAAGCUAAUGCUGAUAUAUUAACGGAAUAGUUCACCCAAAAAUGAUUUACUUGCCUUUACGGCUUAGUCUUUGUAGAAACAUGGUCCAGUUAUUUUGUUUAAUAAAAGGAAAAAGAAAUACAGGUUUGGAGCAACAUGAUCUUAAGUAACUGAUGACAGGUAAUGUAAAAAUGUAAAAUAACCCCAUGAUUUACUCACCCUCAAGCCGUACUAGGUGUAUAUGACUUAAAAAAUGGCUCUUCCAAGCUUUAUAAUGGCAGUGAAUGGGUAUCAAGAUUUUAAAGCUCCAAAAACGCUCAUCCAUCCAUCAUUAAAAGUGCUCCACACGGCUCCGGGGGGUUAAUAAAGGGCUGAAGCGAAGUGAAGCGAGGUAAUGCAUUUGUAUAGUAAAAAUAUCCAUAUAUAUAAAACGUUAUAGUCUGCAAACUGUUGUACACGCGUUCACGAGACAGUGGAGUUCCAGCAUAUGACGUAGGCAUAUCGUAAGCUCCAGUGGGAAAUGACGGAUACAAAAGCAUAGAGGAAAAAGAAAAACAAAAUACCGGUCAGAAAUUAGAAGAACAAAACGAAGAUUUGUAAAGAAAAAUGUCAGAGGAUUUUGAUAAGCCAAGAAAGGACUGUUUUUUCUUUGCUAUGACACUAGCAUAUUCUCACUGGAGCUUAUACGCCUACGUCAAACUCUGGAAGGCCACUCUUUCAUGUACAGUUAGAUGAAUAUUAAUAUUUUUCUUACACAAACGCAUCAGUUAAUUUCAGAAGGACUUUAUUUACAGUGUGGAGCACUUUUUAUGAUGGAUGGAUGCUCUUUUUUGGGAUUCAAAAUCUCAAACCUUGUAAAUCUUGUAUUCAUCUGAAUGAAGAAGUCAUAUACACCCAAGAUGGCUUGAGGUUGAAUCAAUUAUUUGCUAAUUUUCAGUUUUGGGUGAACAAUCCCUUUAAGAAUUCACAUCAAACUUGAAAUGAUAAAAUCUCUAAAAACAAAUUCUAUUAAAUACAAGCACUUUUACAUGCUGGUUUAUACAAGCUCAUAAUAUAGUCACAGAGUGCAACUUUUCCCCUUCUUGAAUAGUUGUUUCCUCUAAUACGCUCUUCUCUGUUUGCAUGAUCUGUACUGUGUUGCCUUACUCACCUCUUUGAAAUUACGGUAUGCCAAUAUAUAAACAUGUUAUUAUUACAAGAUAUUUCUAGCAAAUGAACUGAUGCAGUGCUAUAUCAUGUUAUGUGAUGGUUUUUCUCUGUGCACAUUUUGCAGAUAUUGUGCGGUAUUUGUGCUAACAUAAAGGUUGAAGGUUGAGUAAUAAAAAUAAACAGAUCAAGUCAUU